AUGACUGCAGACAGCAUCGACGAUAUACUACCCCGGGAUUUCGCCUAUGUCAUCUUCAGCUUCAUCUACAGCUAUGUCGUAAUUAUGUAUCUUGGUAUAAACGUGGGAAAAGCCAGGAAGAAGUAUGGAGUCAAGUAUCCCCAGAUGUAUUCAGACAAAGAGAAUGUGUUUAACUGUAUUCAGAGAGCUCAUCAGAAUACAUUAGAAGUGUAUCCCGCCUGGCUGAUCUUUCAGCUUAUUGCAGGACUUGCAUUUCCGCUUUCUUCUUCUGUUUUGGGAGCAAUCUGGGUAACCAGUCGGCUUUCUUACGCCCAUGGAUACUAUACAGGCGAUCCAGCAAAAAGAUACAGAGGUGCUUAUGGAUACAUUGGUCUGUUUGGUGUUGUCAUUUUGUCUCUUGUAGCAGGCCUUCAACUCCUUGACGUUGUUUGA